AGCGGCGACGACGUGUCGGUUCCAGCGGCCCUGGAAGAACGCCCAGAGCGCUGGUUGAAGGCGGAGGCUACGUGCCUCCGGGUGAAGCUGUCGUGGGUCCGGCCGGCCGAGCAGCGUGGGGCGGCGGCGGCGGAGAAGGCCUGGGCUGGGCGCGUUGGCGGCCGGAGUCCCAGCCAUGGCCGCGUCCGUGGAGCGGCUGCAGCUGCGGGUACAGGAACUGGAGGUGGAACUGGCCCAGGAGAGAAGUCGGCGGGCCCAAGGAGGCGGCCGCGCCCGCAUCGAGAAGAUGAGCCCGGAGGUGGUGGACUCCAACCCUUACAGCCGUCUGAUGGCCUUGAAACGAAUGGGAAUUGUAAAUGAUUAUGAGAAAAUUCGUACCUUUGCUGUAGCCAUAGUAGGUGUUGGUGGAGUUGGCAGUGUGACUGCUGAAAUGUUGGCAAGAUGUGGCAUUGGUAAGCUGCUACUUUUUGACUAUGACAAGGUGGAAUUAGCCAAUAUGAACAGACUUUUCUUCCAACCUCAUCAAGCAGGGUUAAGUAAAGUCCAAGCUGCAGAGUAUACUUUGAGGAAUAUUAAUCCUGAUGUUCUUUUUGAAGUACACAACUAUAAUAUCACCACAGUGGAAAACUUUCAACAUUUCAUGGAUAGAAUAAGUAAUGGUGGAUUAGAAGAGGGGAAGCCUGUUGACCUGGUUCUUAGCUGUGUGGACAAUUUUGAAGCUCGAAUGACAAUAAAUACAGCUUGUAAUGAACUUGGACAAACAUGGAUGGAAUCUGGAGUUAGUGAAAAUGCCGUUUCAGGACAUAUACAGCUCAUAAUUCCUGGAGAAUCUGCCUGUUUUGCGUGUGCACCACCGCUCGUCGUUGCUGCAAAUAUUGACGAGAAAACUCUGAAACGAGAAGGUGUUUGUGCAGCUAGUCUUCCUACCACGAUGGGAGUGGUGGCUGGAAUCUUGGUACAAAAUGUGUUAAAGUUUCUGUUAAAUUUUGGCACUGUGAGUUUUUACCUUGGAUACAAUGCGAUGCAAGACUUUUUCCCUACUAUGUCCAUGAAGCCAAACCCUCAGUGUGAUGACAGAAAUUGCAGGAAACAGCAAGGCGAAUAUCAGAAAAAGGUAGCAGCACUGCCCAAACAGGAGGUUGUUCAAGAAGAGGAAGAAAUAAUACAUGAAGAUAAUGAGUGGGGUAUUGAGCUGGUAUCUGAAGUUUCAGAAGAGGAACUAAAAAAUUCUUCAGGGCCAGUUCCUGAUUUACCCGAAGGAAUUACAGUGGCAUAUACAAUUCCAAAAAAGCAAGAAGAUUCUGUACCUGAGGUUACAGUGCAAGAUUCUGGUGAAAGCUUGGAAGAUCUCAUGACCAAGAUGAAGAAUAUGUAGAUAAGGAACCAACAUAUAUUUUAGUUCCUAGGUUUAAGCCUAUUCCUUUUCAGUUAAAAAAAAUAACUAAAAGAAGGGUUUGAAAAUUGCUAAAACAGUGGGCAAGUAGUACCAAUUGAUGUACCACCUUGACAAAUUGCUAUCCUCUUGAAAAGCACAUGACUUAUGUAUGACUGUUGUUUCGUGCCACCUCCAGCCAAAUCAGUGAUUCUUCUAAAAUUGGUGUUCCACUCUAGUAAGAAAAGUUCAAAGGAUUAUUGUCGGUGGUUGUGACUUUUUUUUUUUUUGGUUGUGACUUUUAUUGAAAACUUAGCCAUUAAAAUGUGUUGACUUGUUUUGCUUUUCUGGACCAGUCAGCUGUUAUAUUCAUUCCUUUUUCUAAAAAUUCCUGUCCUUUUUCUAAAAAUUCCUGGUGGUCUCUUAACUGAGGCUCAUGGACAAUAAAGCAGCAUAUGACCCUCACAUACAGAAAUAAGGUGAAAAAGUACAACCUAUUGAUCAGGCUAGCAAGCACCUAUUCACUGUGAUUGGACUUGCUCCUACAGGGAAUUGUCCAGGACCACUACCUGGACCCUAGUGAGUGAGAGACAGUCAGCCUGUGAGAAAAAAGCAUCUUCUCAAAUGCUUCCUGAAGAAGUGCACAUUGAAAUGUAGUCAUUGGAAACAUUCGUAAACUUGUGAGUCAUGUAUUUGAAACAAAGAGGGCCAGCAAAUAAAACUUUCCUUAUGGAGAGAGAGAGGCGCACUUCCAAGAAGGCCAAAUUUUAUGUUCAUUUUCACUGGUCAAGGAAAGGAACUGCUGCUUCUCUGAACAGGUAUCUGGAUUGCCUGUACUUUACUGAGGAGCCAGAGAUAAAUUUCUGGUACAGUCACCCCAAUUAUGUCCAUCACAGGCUACCUUUUGAAUAUUUUGCUUCAUUUGAAUUUGAUUUUCUAAGUAGUAAGAUAUGGUUAGGGAUUGUUCUGGGUGGUGGACAUAGCAGCAGAGGUCCAAAUUGCCUCUCUUUACAUGUCUCUCUUCACUGAAGGAGUAUUAUUUGCUUUGAUUGUGACCACUAAACUAUGAAGUAAUAAAUGUCAUCUUGGAGUUGCCUAUAAAUAAUGGAAGCUCAGAGAGCCUUGGGCAGCCCUGGUGGUAUGGUGGUACUUGUUGGGCUGCGAUCCACUUGGUCGGCAGUUUGAAACCACCAUGCCCUCCGCAGAAUGAUUGGGGUUGCUCUGAGUCAGCACUGACUUGAUGGCAGUGAGUUUGUUGAUUUUGAGAAAGCCUGACUGAAAUAAAUUCCUAAUGGUUUGGAUUUCAGAAAACUACAAAUGUAACCAUUAGCUAACUAGCCUGUUCUUUAUAUCAGUAUAUUAUUUUGAUUUGUUUUUGUUUUAAGAUACAAAUGUUUAAUGUUAGUGUAAAAGUACAUUACCUUCUUGUAAAAUGAAGUUCAAAAAGUGAACCUUAGAAAGCUCAAUGAUCAAAUAUGUUCAAUGUAUUCAUUUUAUGGGUUUAGGGUCAUUCUGUAGUUCUUAUGUUUACAAUGAAGUCAGGAAAGUGAAGAUCGUUCUACUCUGGAAGCUUAUUUAUGUUGUCUGGCUGGGUCAUUUACCAUUAAAACAAAACAAAACACAAA